AUGAACAAAAUCUUUGGACCCAAGUCCUACUUUGAAGAGGAGAGAAAGCGAAAGGAAGAGUUGAUCAAAGAACCGUUGUUGCGAUUGGUACUCGACGAGCUUCCGUUCUUAGAACCUACGGAGGCAAUGCAGCACGAUAAGUGGGAGGAGGUUAGUAUCAAAUUGAGCAGUUGCUUUCCAGCGGAAGAUCUCAACUCAGGCGGCAUGUACGUCAAGGAGCUCUACGAUAAAUGGCUUCUGGUGUUUGUCGCCCGAGAGCUCUACUCGGAAAAUUCAAUCCACAUCCAGAAUCACCAUGCGUCCAUCGUGGAUAACACUCACAGGUACAGUGGCGUAAACAAAAUCUUGUAUGAACUCCAAAAAAUGCAGAAUCUCCAAGUGGAGAUUGCGGCCAAGCUCUCGCGAGAACGGUACGAGCAACGGAUGCGGACGUUCGUGGAGGCCAAUGGGGUCAGCUUUGGGGUCGUGCAAGCCAAUCCGCAGCAAGAACUCUCCUUCGAGAGCAAGAAUCAGAUAUUUGCGGCGGAUACUGGAGACAACGCGAAGGUGAGCUACUUUAAGAACGAGCUUGAGUCAAGAGAGACGAAACUCCAACAGUUGAAGGAGGAGAAUAAGAAAUUACUCGAAUUGAAUCAUGCUUUCGACGAGGAAAAAAAGUCGCGCUAUGAAAUUGCCAACUUUGUGCCUCAGACCACCCCACCCUUCUCCACCUCAACGUUCGAAGCAAUGGAGCACUUGAACCGCCGUCCGUCGCUAUCCUCGCACUCGUCUGCCUCCGGCUACGCGUUGCAGAACCCGGGAAACGCACAGGCCCCGCGCCCGCGCUAUUUCAACGCGCCAAUGGGCAACCAAGGCUACCAGAAUUCGGCACAGCAUUCGAAUCCGCAUGCGGGCCAGCAGAACCAACCGAUGAGCAGCGCCAAUGCUAGCUGGUUGUUGCAGCAGUCGUACCAGGCGCCGGUAAACGUGGCGCCGUGGAUCGAGCAGCAGGCGGCCCAGGAGUUCGCGCCGGCCGCGCACAUGCCGGAACAGGCCCACAUGCCAGAUGAGUCCGUUAGUUACGAUGAGCACGAUGAGGGUGAUGACGAAUUGAUUCCCACGGCGAUCGUGAUCAAAAACAUCCCAUUUGCGAUCAAAAAGGAGCAGUUGUUGGAUGUCAUGACAAAGCUCUCACUCCCAUUACCGUAUGCCUUUAAUUAUCACUUUGACAAUGGUGUUUUCCGCGGUUUGGCCUUUGCUAACUUCACUUCCACUGACGAAACGUCUAUGGUUGUGGACCAUCUCAAUGGGCGCGAGAUAGGCGGCCGCAAGUUGCGUGUGGAGUACAAAAAGAUGUUGCCGUUGGCGGAGCGUGAGCGCAUCGAGCGCGACAAGCGUGAGAAGCGCGGUCAGUUGGAGGAGCAGCACCGCUCGACGUCCAACGCCUCCCUCGCUUCUAUGGUUUCCAUUUCGUCCACCAACAACACCGUGGCCCCCAAGCCGCUUGCCGCAAACCCAGCCGAGCGUUUGUACGGGACGGUUCCUGUGAUGCUGAGCCUUCCAGCGCCGCCCUCACAGUUGGACUUUAACAAUCCGGAAACGUUGGAGAUGUAUGCGCAGUUUGUGUUGUUCAAGGAUGAUCAGGAAAAGACGUAUACCGAAUUGGUGUAUCCCGCAACCUUGUCUCCAGCGCAGUACAAGUGCGUGCCGCUUUUGGCCAGUUUUGUGGGGUUGGUGGAUUCGUAUGAGCAAGGGUUGGUAAUUUUGCGCCGCCGAAACCUCUUUGACCAGAGACAGAGCCGGUUCAGACAGGCCGUGACCCCACAACCGAGACAGCCAGGAAACCAAGCAACCUUGAAUGUGCAGAAUUUAUGUCAGCAGGGCCAGCAACCCCAGAUUUUGUCCCAGAGCAUCCAGAAUGCGAGCCAGCAUCCGAAUGCCAGCCAGCACCAAAAUGCCAGUCAGCACCAGAAUGUCAUGCACCACAGUGCUGUUCAGGGCGUCCAGACUGCCAGUGGCAAUGUCCAGAGCGGAAACGUUUCCGCCAAUGCACAAUACGUGAGCCAGCAGUACAACGCAGCGCCGCUAAAUGCUUCUCUUUCUUCGGCCGCGUUGUUACGCGGCACCAGAUCAUUCGCAGAUGUGCGUGUGGCACCCCAGGGGGCGUACCACUAUCCCGAGCCGCCGUCGCAACCGGGUACUCCGGGCUUGGAUCAGAACGCUCGUUUCAUCUCGUUUCAGCAGUACAACUCCUCUGGGAUGUUGCAGCCUCAACACUCGGGGAUGGGGCAUCAAUACCUCUACAACGAGUCCGUGACUGACACGGUUUCGGAAGCGUCCGCGAGCAAUGACAACUUGGCCGAGCAGUUCACAGGCCUCAACAUGAACUACAACCACGGCAGCAUGCACGAUCUCCUGGUCGAGACCAAGGGUGAGGGCGGCAUCUGGGGCCCGCCACGAUCCGGAAUGUGA